GGCUGGAUGCUGAGAGAAGACUGUUACCGUGAGCACCUCAGCCUACGGAUUAUCCGUACACUAUCCGUACGAGCACUUGCCAUGUGCAUGGCGUUAGACUUCAGAGCCUACCAGUGCUCCAUACCGCAAAACCGCCGAAAAAGGGACCCUGGAUUCGCUCCGAAUGAGCCGGGUGUGGCGCCUGGCUCACCCUCUAAUGGAGGAGCACGUCGGAGCGCCCGUCAUCGGGGUUUGAUCGUUUAUCGCAUCCAAUGCCGACCAACGUCGGUCCAGCGCGUCAGAUGGUCUGACCAGCGACUAGCCUGUGUAUAGGUUGUAUGAAACCCAAUGAUCCGGCCAGUCUUUCUUCUCGCGUCGCUCGCCACGAGGAGCAGUACGAGCAGCUGCAGAGACGCCAUCAUCAUAGUAGGUAUCCUACUUGCCUACUUCCCUAGCGUUGCUGCUGGUCUGCGGCCCAGCCCAGGCCAGACCAGAGGGCCGUCUAUCCUCAAGUGUGGCAUGGCGGGCGCCCACGAGGCGUUGAGAUGGGACGGCUGUCCCAUGGAUCCGUCUACGCCGCACGAGCGGCAGCCAGAGACUCAGAGUGUGCGCGCUCUCGCGUGCUCCUCCUCUGGAAUAAACGUACUUAUGCAACUCGGGGUCAUCAGUCUAACCUUUCGGGACUUGGGUCUUCACAACAUGGCACCACCAUGGCAAUCUGGACCUGAGCCCUGUCCACGGCAGUCGUUCUUAUUGGCAUUUGUGCGCUUAGCCAAGGGAACCCCGAUGCUGCAUCCAACCGUUUGCGGCGCAUCGAUAGGAAAUGAAAAUUACGGUGCCUGGCCCAAGCUGGCUUCCCCAAGCAUGCUCUGGGAUGGUCCUGGACUUCCUGGUCUCUCUUAUGCGGAUGAUGUUGGUGGAUUUGAGGCGGGGCCGAUGAUGGGGACCCCAGUGCCGUUGCGCCGUGGUAUGAACGACCAGAAAGUUUUGACCCAUUGCCAAGAUUGGCUAUCGGCACUGGACAUAUUGCCUUGCCAUUGCGAUGGAGGAGCUGCCUCUUCAGAUUUUGCUGCUUUGAGGCCCUUUGACUGGCCCAAACUGCCCAUCUUUCCUAUGCUAUCCAUCGACGGCCCGCCACAUGUUAGAGAGGCAACCGGUGGGGAGGGGAAAUGAUGGUCCUGCCAACACGAACUUUCUCUUCCUUUCCCUUGGCGGCGGAUGAUCUGUGGUUCUCAAGGGGGCGGUCGGCCAUCGAGCUAUCCGAGUGGUG